AUGGGGCGGCGAGCCGGCGACAUAGAGAGAAGGAGACCCGACGGGGUGGCAAAGACGGUCGAGUCCUCGACCUCUCAUGACGGCGCGUGCGGGAACGACAAUUUGUACAGCCAAGGUUACGGUAUAAACACGGCGGCACUGAGCACAACCCUCUUCAAUAACGGGCUGAGCGGCGGCAAGUCGUGCUUCCCCGGUUUGAUUCUGGUGACUGGAACCAACUUCUGCCCGCCGAACAAUGCCCUGCCCAACAACCCUGAGAUCAAACUUUAUUGGCUUGGGCCUGUGAAUUUUCGGCUCAAAUGGUGGGGGAUCUGUUGGCGGAGGCGCCGCCGCCGAGACAUCGUCAAUCCCCGAGGCCUCUCUCGAUUCCAUUUUCUGUUGCUUUCAUUCCUAGAAGAUAUGGUUGAAAUUGGUGCAGGGGCUAAUGGGAGGACGGGUAAGGAGUGGAAGAAGCUGUUGCCUUUUCCGAGUGAUGGUGGGGGCGCGGAGAUAAGCAGAUGGGAGUCGUCUCUUUUUAUGUGGCGGUGGGGGUCGCUGCCGCUUGAGAGAGUUGGUCUACUGGAAACACGGGCUAGGGUGGUCGUUUCUUGUACGGGACAGCGCUGGAUAGAGAGAUGUCCUGAGUUAUGGUUGGUGAUGCAAAAUAUUGAUGAAUUCUUGAUUGAUGUUGUUUUGAGGUUGAAGGCUUUGAAAUUUCUGGCUUUGCUGUUGAGAAUCAGUAGCUGGGAGUAUGUAUCGACAUACGAAGGUGAUCUGGUGGCAAGUGUUAUUUUGCUGAGCAUAAACUUGUCUGGGAAGUUCUUGAAUGUGGUCUCUAGAUUGAAAUUGAGAUUCAGUAGUCUGAUAUCAAGGCCCUAA